AUGGGACUAUUAUACGUUGUGUUCGCGCUGACAGUAGCAGGAGCCCACUCCUCGGACAGUUACAGCUACCCCUUGCCCCAGCAACCCCUCGAACUGGCCACCUCUCCGCUCGCCUCCCUAGCCGACAUCCAAGGCUACAACUACCCCCAACCCGCCCCCGCCGACACCAAAUCCGUCGAAACCCCCGUCCCGGCGCCCGCCCCUCAGCCGGCGCCCGCCCCCGGCUACCGCUACGACCAACCCCUCGCCCCCGAAGAGACCAACAAACACGUGUACGUCUACGUGGCCCCGCCGGAGCCGGAGGCGGCCGCCGCCCGCCAGGUGUUCGUCCCGCCGCCGCCCGUCAACCACAAGAUCAUCUUCAUCAAGGCGCCGGCGCAGCCGACGCUCAGGAGCCAGGUGAUAGCGCUGCCCAACCGGCAGGAGGAGAAGACGCUGGUCUACGUGCUGGUGAAGAAGCCCGAGGAGCAGCAGAUCGAGGUGCAGGCGCCGCCCCAGCGGCCCGCCGCCAAGCCGGAGGUGUACUUCAUCAAGUACGAUACGAAGAAGGAGCAGGAGGAGGGCGGCGCCGAGUCGCGCCCGCAGCCGCCGUCGCCGGUGUACGGGCCGUUGCCGGGGGUGGUGGACGCCAGGAGGAGCCUUCGGGACGUCCGAGUCGGCGCCGGCGCCGGUCGGGCCAGGCCUGCUGGGAUUUACUCUCGUUGA